AGGAAGCCAGCGAGAAAGAAUGAGUAGUCCUUCACUGGGAUUACUAAAGCUCUCUGGGUUGCCUCUUCCUCCAAAUUUCUCCAAAAUUGUUCAUUCGUCCGUCAAUCAUGGCUCUCCUUUCACCACCUCCUCUCGGUUUCUUCCUUUUUACUCUGCUUCUUUCCCGGAAAGAAGAUGGGCUGCCUCACCAAGGUCAUCUACUAGGACACAGACGUGGCUUCACGGAGAUGAACAGAGACAUAAAAAAAGUUGUGAUGAUCUAAGGAAUGAAAAUGAAUGUGAAACAACUCAGAUGUUUGGUUCAGAUGAAGAAGCUGCCAGUCAAAUUCCAACCCAAGCUCAAUCUGUUGUUGAAGGAUCACGAACAGUUCUGGUUGCAGAAUACAAGCCUGUUCCUGAUGUGGACUACUUGCAGGAAUUAUUAGCAAUUCAACAACAAGGCCCAAGAAAUAUUGGCUUUUUUGGAACACGAAAUAUGGCAUUCAUGCAUCAAGAACUUGUUGAGAUCCUUAGCUAUGCCUUGGUUAUAACGAAAAACCAUAUUUUUACAUCUGGUGCAUCAGGGACAAACGCUGCAGUAAUUAGAGGUGCCCUUCGUGCUGAGAAACCAGAACUGCUGACUGUUAUAUUGCCGCAAAGCCUCAGUAGGCAGCCUCCUGAAAGCCAAGAGUUGCUGUCUAAAGUGAAAAAUGUUAUAGAGAAACCUUACAAUGACCAUCUCGCGUUGAUAGAAGCUGGCAGGCUAUGUAACCUGGACAUCAUCUCACAAGUACAGCAAGUCAUUUGCUUUGCCUUUCAUGAUAGCAGAUUGCUCAUGGAAACUUGUCAAGAAGCUAAAGAAAUGAGGAAAAUUGUCUCUCUCUUUUAUCUGGACUAGUGUCUAGUGCACAAGAAUGAUCAAUUUUAUGUAGAAGAAAAUCGUUACUUGUUCUUUUGUAGAUCAAGUUUUAAGUGAAAACAAAAACACUUGCUAUCUGUAUGGACAGAUUUAGAUAGAAUAGGAAUGUGGCCCAAAUUGUGCCACACAGAUUUUAGAAAAUUGAAUAUAUUUGUUUAUGCUUGAAAGGGAAGUUUAUGUUUAUUAGUUUAUGAUGUAUUGUAUUAGCUAUUUCUUGUGCAAAUGGA